AUGACCGACAAACUUCCCCCUAACCUGCUCGCGCUCUUCGCAGCGCGACCACCUCUGCGAUACAUCGAUCCGCCCGACCAUGCGCCUCAGCAUCGCAGGACAGCACCCAUCACCGGUGUUGCACAGUUUCUCCCCGAGCUUCAGAAGUACAAGGAGACUGAUGUUUAUAACCCCACUGAGAGUUGGCUGGAAGCCCGCGAUCGCAAGAAGCGAGAGAAGAGGGAGAAACUGGAGACGGUCCUCAGAGAAGCGCCUGAUCAUCAUAAGCCAAACGAAGACCCCAAUGUUCGUGGCGAUGCGUUCAAGACUUUGAUGGUCGCACGUCUUAGUUACGACGCUGAUGAAAGGGAUCUCGAGAAGGAAUUUGGCCGCUACGGUCCUAUCGAGCGUAUUCGUAUUGUUGUCGAUACUCACGCUCAUGAGAAGCCAAACAAGAAGAAGAAGCCCCAUCGCGGCUAUGCUUUCGUCGUAUUCGAACGAGAGAAAGAUAUGCGAGAUGCCUGUGAUGGUAUGCGCAUCAAGGAUCGACGUAUCAAGGUAGACGUUGAACGCGGCAGAACUGUCAAAGGCUGGAAACCUCGCCGACUCGGCGGUGGCCUCGGAGGACGAGGCUAUACCAGAGCUAUGGCUGCUCGCCCCAUGGGUCCCGGUGGCUUUAGCGGCGGUGGCGGUUUCCGUGGUGGUUUCAAGGGUUUCGACGGAGGACGCGGCCGUGGAGGUUUUAGAGGAGGGUUCGGCGGCCGUGGAGGAGGAUUCCGAAGCGGCGACAGGGGAGGCGAUCGAGGUGGUUAUAGCGCACCUAGUGAUGCCCCGUCCGGCCCUGGAUUCGACCGCAGAAACGGCGGCGGCGGCUUUGGUGACCGGGACCGUGGCGACCGAAGGGGUGGUGACCGAGGCCCCGGUGGGUAUGAUUCUCGUGGCGGCGGUCGCUCAUUUGACGACAGACACGGCGGCGGCCAUCGUGACGGUGGCCGAUACGGCGGAGAACGCGAGAACCGACGCACCGGUAGCAACAUGGAACCCAUCGGAGGCCGACGAGAAGGUGGGUAUCGCGAACAACGGGACCGAGACUAUGACAGACCCCGUGAUGACGAUAGUGGUCGAAAGCGUGGCUAUGACGGCGGCUAUGAGGAUCCUCGAAAGCUUCGUCGUUAUUAA